AUUUCGCCAGGCGGCCGUUGAAACAAAAGAAUGUGCAUGUGCUAUAUACCGAAGACGUGACAAGAUUGCCCAUACCACCAACAAGUUAAAACUACCGGACCUCCACCAUGUCCGUCCUGUUCGAAACUUCUCUAGGCGACCUCGUCAUCGACCUUGAGGUGGAGCAGUGUCCGAAAACAUGCGAGAACUUCUUGAAACUGUGUAAGGUGUACUAUUAUAAUUUGAAUGCAUUCUUCAAUGUUUCCAAAGAUUUCCUAGCCCAGGCUGGUGACCCCACUGCCACAGGAACGGGUGGAGAAUCAAUAUGGUCCUACAUUGCCUCGCAAGAGAAGAAGGAUGCCACAGUUCCCAGGUAUUUCGCCCCAGAAAUCGUGCCAAAGUUGAAGCAUACCCACAAAGGUACUGUGUCCAUGGCUGUAGCACCUUCUGUGAACGGCGAGAAAGGUGGUUGUGGCAGCCAAUUCUUCAUCACACUUGCAGACAACAUAGACUAUCUCGACGGGAAACAUGCAGUUUUUGGUCACGUCGUACUCUCGGAAGGGGCGGAAACGCUGGACAAGCUGAAUGAUGUUUUCACGGAUCAAGAUGGGAGACCAUUCAAGGAUGUGCGAAUAAGACACGUCGUUAUUCUCGAUGACCCGUUCCCUGAUCCGCCCAACCUAGUCCAACCUCCGUCAUCUCCUACUCGGGCCCCAGAUAAUUCUACUAGGAUUGCGGAAGAUGAAGACCCGCUUGCCACUCUUCCAGACGAGGAAGAGGAGCGUGUACGCCGCGAAAAGGCCGCAGCAGCCUCUGCCCUAACGCUUGAAAUGGUUGGCGACUUGCCUUUUGCCAACGUCCGGCCGCCAGAAAAUGUCCUUUUUGUGUGCAAACUUAACCCUGUCACACGAGACGAAGACUUGGAACUUAUCUUCUCGAGAUUCGGCACCAUUAUGAGUUGCCAAGUCAUUAGGGACAAGAAAACGGGCGACUCGUUACAAUACGCUUUCAUAGAAUUUGAUAAACGAGAUGACGCGGAACAGGCCUAUUUUAAGAUGCAAAAUGUUUUAGUAGAUGAUAGACGUAUUUGGGUAGAUUUCUCGCAGUCCGUGGCACGGCUCAAUACUUCCUGGUCUAACAACCCCAAAGUGGGAUUGCAUAGCAAAGAAAGGGGUGGGUUUGGCGGUCGUGAAGACUUGGAAGAAACUCGACGAUACCGGGCGGCUGGAAGAAGCGAUGGCAGAGAUGGUUAUGGAAUGGUGUUCGAAGUCCCAGAUGACACAGGAACAUCGCGUAGGAGCAGACAUGAUCGAGAUAGGAAAGACCCUCGAGAUCGGCGCCGACGCUCUGCAUCCCCAGUGCCACGCAACAGAUCUAGAGAACGGCGCCACAGCAGAGAUAGACAUUCUCGGGAUCAUAGGACACGCCGCUAGUGACGGAUCUGAAACUGAACACCGUGCUUGCACCCCACUAGUCUGAAUUGUAAUUUCCACCAUUGCUGUGCCGCCGGCUAGUAUAUAAACCUGCAUUCGCUCAAUGAGGCCUUGAGGACUGGAACUCUCUGUCUCUCUUUCUGACCUCCAUGAUGACACACUCACACAAUGACUUCUACGCUCCCGGCUCUGAUAUGCUUCUGCUCUCGAGCGACGAUGUCAAAUUCUGCGUCCACCGUUGCAUACUAGCGGCCGCCUCUCCAUUCUUUGAACAUAUGUUUGCAUUGCCCCAGCCCCCUGACGAUCCAAAAAACGAGGAACGUCGUCCCAUGAUCCCCGUGUCGGAGCCUAGCUCAAUCGUGCACACACUUCUGUGUUUCGUUUACCCCAUACCUCAUCCCACCAUUUCAUCACUCGACGAACUCAGCACUAUUCUCGG